AACGACUAUGUCCUCGACACGGAAUGGGACUAUGAGGCGAGCCCUCAACGCCGAGAGUAUACCUGGACUGUCAAAGAUCAGGUACAUAACCCGGACGGCAUCUAUCGCCAGAUGAUACUCAUCAACAAUCAAUAUCCUGGCCCUUUGAUCGAAGUGAACGAAGGCGACACUAUCGUAGUGCAUGUGGACAACCAGGCCACCAACGCAACUGCCCUCCACUGGCAUGGAAUCUACCAAAACGGCACGCCGCACAUGGACGGCACCGUAGGCAUCACACAGUGCGCCAUUGCACCUGGCAGAAAGUUCACCUACGAGUUCACGGUCUCCGGUCAGAGCGGCACGUACUGGUGGCAUGGACAUCAAGGCGCCCAAGCAUCGGACGGGCUUUACGGUCCGCUGAUCAUACAUGCGCGGGACGAGAAGAAAUUGCAACAGAUUCCGUACGCCACUGACAGGGUUGUCAUGGUGUCCGAUCAUUACCAUGACCUGUCGUCUGCACUGCUGUGGCAGUACCUCAUGCCAGACAUGGAGAACGCCGAACCUGUGCCAAACAGCGGGCUCAUCAAUGGCCGUGCCAUCCGGAACUGCGACGAUUUCCCGGACCGUAGGUGUGACAACACAACGGCGAACGUAGGACAGCCCGUCUUUAGUCUGGCUCCGGACGAGAACCACAGACUGCGAAUCAUUAACGUAGGCGCGUUUGCUGAGUUUCAAGUUCAACUUGACGAGCACGAGCUGGCUGUGACGGAGGUUGAUGGCACCGACGUCGUGCCUGUUAGCUACCACCGCAUUAACAUCAAUCCUGCGCAGCGAUAUAGCGUGGUCAUCAACACCACUGUCGAAAGCGCAGACAGUUUCUGGCUGCGAGCACGUAUGGUCACCUCGUGCUUCACCGACCCGCCAGAAACCUUGCAGCCGGACGCGCUUGCCGUCGUGCGUUACUCGAGCGAUGCUGAUAUCACACCCACGUCGAAAGACUGGUCGGAGCAGCUGGAGGUCGAGUGUCGCGACAUGGAUACAACCGAGCUUGCUCCUGUCGAAGUCAUCCCAGCACCGGCAACAGCUGACGCCUUCUUCUAUUUCCGCGUGACGGUGGAGAUCGGCGACUACAGACUCAGCCGAGGCAUGUUCGACGGCAGCUCAUGGAGGCCGAAUGCUCGCUCACCCACCCUACUCCGUACGAUCGACGGCCUCACCGAAGGUAACACCACUUUCAGUCCAGCCACUACGUCUAGCGGUGCCUUCAUCAACGAUGUAGCCUUCCAUCGCGACCACGAACUAGUGCUACAAACAACCGGCAUUCAAACGAUUGACAUCCUCGUCUCCAACUUCGACGACGGCAACCACCCCCUCCAUCUCCAUGGGUACAAGUACUUCGUCCUCGCCCAAGGCCAUGGCUACCCACCCAUGAUCAACCCGCUCGACGGCACAAACCGCGAGAAUAUCCAGCCUUUGUACAAUCAGCUGGACCUAAGCAACCCUUUGCGCCGCGACACGGCGUCUGUGGAGGCGUUUGGCUGGAUCCUAAUACGGCUGGUUGCUGAUAAUCCUGGAGCGUGGGCAAUGCAUUGUCAUAUCAGCUGGCAUACCGAGGCUGGGUUGUUGAUGCAGUUGUUGACGCGCACGGAUAAGUUGGAG